AUGGCACCGACGCCUAUUGCGACACCAGCCGAAAACAUAUACAAACUUGUUGCUUUCCAUUCCAGCUCCCUUCAUCUCCCUGCGGUCUCCAUGAAAAGCCAGCACCUGUCCAGAACCUCCGAUACCGACAGCGCCCGCCGCGCCGAAGCAUUUCAAGUCUUUUCACGCGAUGGAUACUCCGCAUUGGUCCCUUCUAUAAAGGGAGGGACCAAGCUCCAGCUCCAGGAUGGCACCUGGAACAGCGCAGAGGGUCUGGAGGCGAUUCUGGCUGGCCUGGUGGAGAAGGAGGGUGCAUUCGAGAAACCUGCUUACCAGGAGGCUGCUGUGCCUCUACGGCUGGAAGGGAAGAAGAAGAAGGCUCCAGCCUCGAUGGAGCAACCUCCGGUUGCUAUGAGCGGGGUCUGGUUUGUGGUGACGGUAAUGAUGAGUUGGAUUAAAAAGGAUGAUCGUCUGUCCGAUGACAAUCUAAAGCGUCCAAUGCAACAACCCGCAAACUGCCAGCCGGAGAAUGUAAAGAAACGUCAACGCCCUUGUAAGGACUGCACCUGCCCACUAGCCGCUGAGAUGGAGGCCAAAGAUAAGGCACGCCAGGAAAAGGCCGACAAAGAUCUUAAUGUUCUCAAGCUCCAGUCUACCGAACUCAGCGACGAGGUCAAUUUUACCGUCUAG